AUGAACAGACAACUUUCGCCACAUUGGCGGAAACGCUCGCGCCAGGACCGAAUAACGUCGGCCUUCCUGGCGUUUUUGGCAGUAUGUUCUGCUCCCGGCCCUGCGGCGGCGGAAUCAGUGGCGGAUUCAUCGCGGUUGAUGGCCGUGGAUAAGUCGAAUACCAUCUGUGAGCAUGUGAGCGGUGACUUGGGAGCAGAAUAUAUUCGGUAUCCGAUAUGUUUGGAGACUAGGUGGAAUGCUGCUGCAACAACAGCUUCUUCCGCUACGGCGGGGGGUGAGGGGCCGCCUAUGACUGGUUCUGCGGGUGGUGUACAUGCCGAUGCGAGAGAUUCUCCGGGCUCAGUGAUAGUACCGGUUCGCGGUACGGUUGCUGCUGGUUCUUCAAAGUCGGGAGAGAGUAGGAGUAGUGGUAGCGGGGAUGAUGCAGACGUUGAGUCUCCGCUAGAUACUUCGAACUUCCUCUCGUUUGAAGAAUGGAAGAAUCAAAAUCUUGCGAAGGCAGGACAAUCGGCUGAAACCAUGAGGAGGCAUCGACAGGAUAAGGGACAGCAAGCUCGAAGACGGCAUACGCGGUCAUCGCAGAUCAAUGAUCCGCUGGAUGGACUGGGAGAAGACUCGGAAAUUGAUCUUGAAUUUGGCGGCUUUUCUACAGACGAAUCCGGGAUUGCUUCGUGGGAGAGGAAAGACGGCGGAAAAGCUCCAGCGGAUAAUAUGGAUGCUGUUGCUACGCGCGGUGGUGCUAUUGGAGGCAAGGAAGGCAAGAACCCUUCCCAGCCGGUCUUUGAGCUCGACGGCCAGGAUGCAGAGAACAUGCCGCGGAAGGGGAUUGGUCGGCGGAAACAUGCAGGAACAACAUGCAAGGAACGCUUCAACUAUGCAUCUUUUGACUGCGCCGCUACAGUCCUGAAAACAAACCGCCAAUGCACGGGUUCUUCCGCUGUGCUUAACGAGAAUAAAGACAGCUACAUGUUGAAUGAGUGCAGAGCCAAGGAUAAAUUCCUCAUUAUGGAGUUAUGCGAUGAUAUACUCGUUGAUACAGUGGUGUUGGCCAACUAUGAAUUCUUCAGCUCCAUCUUCCGGUCUUUUAGAGUCAGUGUUUCUGACAGGUAUCCGAUCAAGGCUGACAAAUGGAGGGUGUUGGGCACCUACGAGGCUGCCAAUGCUAGGCAAGUGCAGGCUUUUGCAGUAGAGAAUCCGUUUAUAUGGGCGAGAUAUCUGAAGAUCGAGUUCUUGUCUCAUUACGGGAACGAAUUCUAUUGCCCAGUCAGUUUGGUCAGAGUGCAUGGAACGACUAUGAUGGAGGAAUAUAAGAAUGAUGGUGAAGCUGCGAGAGCAGAUGAGGAGGAAGAUGCAAAUGCACAGGAAGAGGCAGAGCAGCAGCAACAACAACAGGAACAGGCUGAUGUGGUUGUGCAUGAGAAGGCCCCUAUUCCUACGCUGGACAUUGACGACCAGAUGGUUCCUCUGUCCAAUUUAUCCGAUCAUGAGCUUAAUGAGCUCAGAUGUUUCGUGGAGAGAAACGAGACGGAGAGCAUCUUACUUGGACUGGUAUCCGGUAAGAUGUGUGCCAUCAAAGAACGCGCUGUUCAUGCCGAAAGCCAGCCUGUGAUGGCUACUCGCGUGAAAGAUGAGACUGCUGCUCCUGCCAGCGGUUCCAUUACCUCUAUCAAUACCCUAGAGCAGAUACGUUCCGUCUCUUCAACUCGUGCAUCUACAGCUUCUGAUAGAGAAGAGACUCGCCGCAGCUCUACAGGGUCAUCUGUCACGGCUAAUGGGUCGCAUACCGAGCCAGCUAAGAUGAACUCUGCGCCAUACACUCCACCCCCUUCCUCGCCACCACCCAACCCAUCGACCCAAGAAUCUUUCUUUAAAUCAGUCAACAAGCGCUUGCAAAUGCUUGAGACAAACUCCACGCUUUCUCUCCUUUAUAUCGAAGAGCAAUCUCGCAUCCUCCGUGAUGCCUUUAACAAAGUCGAAAAACGCCAGCUGGCGAAAACAUCUACCUUUCUGGAGAACCUUAACUCUACCGUUCUGCAGGAAUUGAAGGAGUUCCGCCAACAAUAUGACCAUCUUUGGCACUCUGUCUUCAUAGAAUUUGAGCAACAGCGCCAACAAUACCACCGGGAAGUAUAUUCAAUUGCUGCCCAACUAGGCGUUCUUGCAGACGAGCUCGUAUUUCAGAAACGAGUUGCCGUCAUCCAAAGCAUUUUCGUCCUCGUUUGUUUCGGUCUAGUCUUAUUCUCCCGCAGCUCUGGCACGCCUUACUUUGAAUUUCCACGCAACAUAGUCUCUCGCACACGCAGCUUUCGCUCUUCGUCAGUCGCUUACGACUCACCAGCGCCAUCUGCAAGCCCUAGCCCUCCGCCAAUGAGCAGGAUGGGCUCAUUACUGAGCAGGAGUGAAACAGAUGAGCACCGCUUGCACCACAGCCGCUCACGACAUCUCCGCAGUCCCUCAGAGCAAACAGAUUAUGAAGGCGAGAAUCCAACCUUUACAUAUUCCCCGCCUACUCCAACUUCUAGGGCCACGACGCCAGAUCGAAAUCGAACCGGGAAACGCCUUUUCUCUCCUGAACCCGAACCACGUAGUGGUCUCAUUGCUUCCGCGACUAGUAGCCCUGCGUCUGGGAGUGAUCCUGACCUUAGCUUGAGGCAACGCCCCGUUAAGAGCGUGGAGGUGAAGCACGAGUCUGAAUCAGACGCUGAACAGGCAGAAGUCGAUUCGUUCACUUAA